UUGAAAAAUGUGCCUAUUUCGAUUUUUCAUCCUCUAUUUCACAAAUUUCCCUUUUUCUCAGCUGUACAGCAAGGCCGGAUACCAUCGUUCCCCUCCGUCUACGGGCCUUUCUUCGCUUCACCCGGCUCCGCCUCCGCCAUCUUUCAUUCGCCCGCCGCCAUGUGCGCUGCCGCAGCCGCCGCUGUUGCUGCGGCUACCGCAGCUGCUGGUUUUGCGGUACCUCCCUCUUUUCCUCGGUUUCCCCGGAUUGCCGGUCCAUGCUAUUCUGGUGGCCAAGACGGCAUGCUACCCUCAACUACAGGGGCUGCUCUUCCAAGGAUCACCGGACACUCUCAGAUGUGUCCGACAUUGCAAUUGCCACAAUCGCCGUCAGCCUUCUCCAUAUCACAAUCAAAGCUGCCGACGACGCCAGUAACUCCCAUUAUCUCCAAGUCACUUCCGCUACAGCCAGGAUUAUUUGGUACCUCUUUCUCGCAACAACUGGAUUCUUCUUCAUCAAGCCUGGCCGAAACCCUCUUACCGUCACGACCGCGGAGUAAUAUACCCUUAAAUUUAGCGCCCCCUUCUACUUCACCGGCAUUCCCUUAUGCUCCUGUGGCCCAUCGAUACAACAGCGUCUAUCCCAGCAACCCAGUUAAUGUUGAUCGCAGAUCCGAACUAGCACAGGCGCAUGGUUCAACCAUAUCCCCAACAAUAACACAUUCAGGCUCAUUGGGGCCCCUUGAGCCGGGACCACUAGCUGGUUUGAGAGGACAGCUGCUUGGGCCUUCGCCAGUGGUGGGACAUAAACAACAGUCAAUGGCCAGUUGGUAUCCCUUUCAGAGCUGCUCGAACCUUGCUCACUCGACUUUUGAAAAGUCGCAGCACAAGCGGCACCACAUGCUAUCCCCACCUCCAAACCAGUUGCAGACAGAACCUUGUACUUCCGUGCCCUCUUGUAGUCACCAUCAUAGCCUCUACCCUGCUCCAGUGGCCCUCACUUCGUCUGAGAUGAUUUCCGAUCUUUCGCAGUCUCACCUUCUGCCUAAAGAAGUUCCAGUGACAGCAAACAAACAUACUAAUAUCGUCUUUCCUUCGUUAUCCCAUCUGCACUCUUAUUCCAUCAACACCUCGCCACUGUCCCCAUUCUCAUCUUAUCCUAACUCCCCGUCUACAUUUCUUCCAACCUUCCCAUCCUCCUCUUUAUCCUCACUACAUCCGCGUAUUUCCCCGACCUUUUCUUCGAACAUAUCCUCGCCAACAGUUCAUUCUGUCAGUACUUUGGACACCAAAAUGACAACAUCAAUCUCAAGAGAACCCUGUCUAUCUCCCCCAGUGAAGCCAACCAUGCAAACUACUCUUUCUAUGCGUUCAAAAGGCAUGGGCUCGUUUCCAACUUCUGGCCUAGACUCAGCGGCUUUGAGUCUCUCCUCCCAGCAGGCUGAAUUCCUUAGCCUUAUUUUAGGCUCUGAACCCUUUUUAAGUAAAAGCGAAAGUAAGUUUUCUGCGAAUACACGAGGGUAUGGAAAAGGAAUCCACAAAAAGGAAGUGGGUUAA